GAGAGCACUUCCGGGGCAGCGCGGCAUGGCGGCGCCGGGCCGACCGUCGAGGAGCAGAGUGUGAGUGGCUGCGACAUUGCGUUGGGCCUCAGGAGAACAGUGUGUGACUGUGUCUCGAGCAUCCUGCGUGGCCGUUGCCAGAAAGCAGCCUCCUGGAGAGCAGCAGAGCAGCAGGCUGUCUGCGCUAUGGCGGCUGAGCUGCAUUUCUCGCCCCCUGAGAUCCGUGAGCCCACGCUGAUGGAGAACGUGCUGCGCUCCGGCCUCUUCUUUGGAGCCGUUUUCCAGCUUGUGUGCGUGUGGGCCAUAACCCUGCCAGUUCCCAAGUGCCCAGAGACAGACUGGCACAGUCUUGGGACUCGGUCUGGCGAGACAGUGAAGAAAGCCAAGGCAAGUGCUGCUCUGCUGAGGAAGAAAGCCCAGAAGGAGAGCAAAAAGAACCGAGCAGGGCUUGAGCGAGAAGGCCCACAGGACACUCGAAUCAGCUGGAAUGCUUCCUCGGAGGUGGCACCAAAGGCAGCGGACUGAGUCAGCGUCCGGUUUUGUGGCAUGGCCGUGCUUUCUCUGUCACGGACAGGGCAGCGGAACUGAGGCACCUGGAAGGGAAGGGCUUGUGCUGCAUUCCAAGCAAAGAGGGCUUGCCAGAGCCAGGUCUUCAUCUAUGGCAAGAGACGGAGAGGCUGUGUUCCUUCAGGCUGCGUCUCUUCAGGGCCAGGGCCGGUCUAGUGUGAGAUUGAAGUACGGCUAGCCGGGCCUGGAGGGAGAGGAGCGGACGUAGCCACAGGGUCAGGCUUCUCCUUGUGUCUGCCUGGAGGCUGAUUGACUCAUUGCUAAGCAGAAACCCUGGGCGCUGGGGUUUCAUUUUGGGCUGUGUUGAUAAAUACAAGCCAGAGCCUUUUACAUUGAAUAAAAGCGAAACCAACUUUUUCCACAGGGUGCUGCCUCU